AUGGAGGUAAAACCGCUGCCCGGUCGCCCCCAGCCUGACUCCGGCCGUCGUUGCUGCUGCCACAGGGGGGAGGAAGGCCAUGAUCCAAAGGAACCAGAGCAGCUGAGGAACCUGUUUAUUGGUGGUCUGAGCUUUGAAACCACAGAUGAUAGCUUAAGAGAACAUUUUGAGAAAUGGGGCACACUUACAGACUGUGUGGCAAUGAGAGAUCCCCAAACAAAACGUUCCAGGGGCUUUGGUUUUGUGACCUACUCUUGUGUUGAAGAGGUGGAUGCUGCAAUGUGUGCUCGGCCCCACAAGGUUGAUGGGCGUGUGGUGGAACCAAAGAGAGCUGUUUCUAGAGAGGAUUCUGUAAAGCCUGGUGCCCAUUUAACGGUGAAGAAAAUUUUUGUUGGUGGUAUUAAAGAGGAUACGGAAGAAUAUAGUCUGAGAGACUACUUUGAAAAGUAUGGCAAGAUUGAAACCAUAGAAGUUAUGGAAGACAGGCAGAGUGGGAAAAAGAGAGGAUUUGCUUUUGUAACUUUUGAUGAUCAUGACACAGUUGAUGAAAUUGUUGUUCAGAAAUACCACACUAUUAAUGGGCAUAAUUGUGAAGAAAAGGCCCUUUCUAAACAAGAGAUGCAGUCUGCUGGAUCACAGAGAGGUCGUGGAGGUGGAUCUGGCAACUUCAUGGGUCGUGGAGGAAACUUUGGAGGUGGUGGAGGAAACUUUGGUCGUGGAGGAAACUUUGGUGGAAGAGGAGGCUAUGGUGGUGGAGGUGGUGGCAGCAGAGGUAGUUAUGGAGGUGGUAAUGGUGGAUAUAAUGGAUUUGGAGGUGAUGGUGGCAUCUAUGGUGGUGGUCCUGGUUACAGUAGUAGAGGAGGUUAUGGAGGUGGUGGACCGGGAUAUGGAAACCAAGGUGGUAGAUGUGGUGGUGGUGGAGGAGGAUAUGAUGGUUACAGUGAAGGAGGAAAGUUUGGUGGAGGUAACUAUGGUGGUGGGAACUAUAAUGACUUUGGAAAUUAUAGUGGACAGCAGCAAUCAAAUUAUGGACCCAUGAAAGGGGGCAGUUUUGGUGGAAGAAGCUCAGGCAGUCCCUAUGGUGGUGGCUAUGGAUCUAGAGGUGGAAGUGGUGGAUAUGGUAGCAGAAGGUUUUAAAGCAAAACAGAAACGGCUACAGUAGAUCUGAAGAG